UCUGUGGUCCACAGACAAAAGAAAAGCAAUCAUCCAGGCCGAACAGGCAGGUGAGAAACAAAAUCCACAGACACAAACAUACAGGUGAGGAUGACAAACACGAGGCUUGUGCGACAAUGAUCCCACAAAAACAAGAAGGAAACACAGACUAUAUGUAUACUGACACACACCCAAGCAGGGUGAGCUGAGACACAGGUGAUUAUCAACAGGGAGGACACAGACAGGAAAUAAAGUGGAACAAAACACAAGAGGCAGACACUUUCAAAACAAAAAUUCAAACCAAACCUUGACAUGAAAAGAAAUAAGGAAACGGUAAAAGUGAAUUCACAUUUUACCUGGUAUUAAAAUUAUUUGCAAGCACUGUUUGAGCGUAAUCUGAUUAGCAGGCCUCCCCUGAUUUAUUGCGGGUGUUGGAGAGUACUACUGCAUAUGCAAAAAAAGGACUGUAGUAUAAAGUCUUUAGUGUCUCCAGAGGGAGCUGUCUGAAGUCUGAUAAGCGUCCUCAAGUGAGGUCCCUUGAGUCAGUGUCAGUUUGGGCCGAAGACUACAAGUCUGAAAAGGAAAACAGGCUCCAGGCUACAUUAGCAGCUACUAGUUUAACACACCUACUGACUGGCAACAGUUGAGUUGCAUUGUGGGUAAUGUAGGCACCAGGUUUUGACAAGGAAUAAAAAAACAAUAUCUUUGAUUCUGCUGCAUGGAUUUUCAUAAUUUCUUUAAAAAACUGAACAUUAGACGGUGUGUAAGACUGGCAUGGUGCUGCUUUGCGGUGAGAUCACGUCCCGAGCCAACGUGGACUACCAGAAGGUGGUGAGAGAAACCAUCCGAGAUAUCGGAUACGACAACUCAGACAAAGGCUUUGAUUAUAAGACCUGUAACGUGCUGGUGGCCCUCGAGCAGCAGUCCCCUGAUAUUGCACAGGGAGUUCAUGUUGAUCGCCUGGAGAGUGACAUUGGAGCUGGAGACCAGGGUCUCAUGUUUGGAUAUGCCACAGAUGAGACAGAAGAAUUAAUGCCGCUCACUGUCGUCCUCGCCCACAAACUCAACGCUAAGAUGGCCGAACUGAGACGCAAUGGGACCGUCCCCUGGCUUCGCCCGGACUCCAAGACCCAGGUGACGGUUCAUUACACCCAAGAGAACGGAGCCGUGAUCCCCAAGAGGGUUCACACUGUGGUGAUCUCAGUGCAGCACGAUGACUACGUGAGCCUGGAGGAGCAGAAGAAGGUCCUGAAGGAGAAGGUGAUCAAGUCUGUGGUCCCAUCAAGGUACCUGGACGAGAACACCGUCUAUCACUUGCAGCCCAGCGGACGGUUUGUGAUCGGUGGACCACAGGGCGAUGCUGGAGUCACGGGCAGGAAGAUCAUUGUCGACACAUAUGGGGGUUGGGGGGCCCAUGGGGGCGGGGCUUUCUCUGGGAAGGACUACACCAAGGUGGACCGUUCAGCUGCCUACGCCGCCCGCUGGGUGGCAAAGUCUCUGGUGAAGGCCAAACUGUGCAGAAGGGUGCUGGUGCAGGUGGCGUAUGCGAUCGGAGUAGCCCACCCUCUGUCCAUCUCUCUGUUCACCUACGGCUCCUCUCAGAAGAGCGAGAAGGAGCUUCUGCAGAUUGUCAAUAAAAACUUUGAUCUCAGACCCGGCGUCAUCGUCAGAGACCUGGAGCUGAAGAGACCAAUCUACCAGAAGACGGCCUGCUACGGACACUUUGGCAGGAAGGAGUUUCCCUGGGAGGUCCCAAAGAACCUCAACUUCUAGAGUAUCCGUGUAUCUGUGUGUGUGUGUGUAUCUCUGUGUGUGUGUGUGUGUGUGUGCGGGCAGAGUGUCAGUGAUGUAUAGAUAGCUGCCCUCGUGCUCCUGUAACCCAGUAAGAGAAAGGCAGCUGCGAGGGUGUGCAGGAUUGGGUAAGGGUG